AUGGGAAGGGGUUUUCCUGGGAUCUGGCUGCUGCUGACGCAGUGCCUCUGCUUUAGCCACGCCAGUUUCUCGGAGUUAAACAAUUCGGAUCCCAAGUUCAGUGGUCCCAUCAACAACUCAACGGUUCCCGUGGGACGGGAUGGCCUGCUCACGUGUGUUGUCCACGACUUGGUUAGCUUCAAGGUGGCCUGGCUGCGAGUGGACACGCAGACGAUUCUGAGCAUCCAGAACCACGUCAUCACCAAGAACCAUCGAAUCGGCAUCUCCCACACGGAGCACCGCAUCUGGCAGUUGAAAAUACGCGAUGUCCAGGAAUCGGAUCGCGGAUGGUACAUGUGCCAAAUCAACACGGAUCCAAUGAAGAGCCAAAUGGGCUACUUGGACGUGGUGGUGCCACCCGACAUCGUGGACUACCAAACCAGUCAGGAUGUGGUUCGUGCCUCGGGACAGAAUGUUACGCUCACUUGCAGUGCGACAGGAGUUCCCGUGCCCACCAUCACUUGGCGUCGCGAGGGCUCUGCUCCGCUCCUGCUUUCGGACGACGGCGAUCGGGAGAUGUACAGCGUGGAGGGCCAGAACCUCACCCUGUGGCAGGUGCAGCGCACCCACACGGGCGCCUACCUCUGCAUCGCCUCCAACGGGGUGCCACCCACAGUCAGCAAACGCGUGAUGCUGGUGGUGAACUUUCCUCCCACAAUCUGGACUCGAUACGAUACCAUCUACGUGGGACUGGGCCAAAAGCUGACGCUGGAGUGCAUCACAGAAUCGCAGCCGGCUUCGGUGAACUUCUGGCUGAAGGACUCCGAAUUGCUGCAAGGAGGUUCCUACGAGUCCGUCACAGUGGACUAUGCCUACCGCAUUGUGAUGCGAAUCACACUGCGUCCAACUACAAAGCGAGACUUUGGGGAGUACAAAUGCAGGGCAAAGAAUGCGAUGGGUCAAACAGAUCGGAUUAUAACAGUGCAUCAUAAAGCCAAGAAGAACGGGCAGCACUCACACCAAACUUCCUCCCGCGAAAGUCAGUUCAUUGUCAUUGAAGAAUACAUAGCAAGCGUGUCUGAUAAGUGCUGCAGUUUCCGCCCCUUUUGGAUUAUAUUUCUAUGUUUCGUCAAUAAAUUUUCAUGUUUGUGAGC